AUGAAUGGAGGACACAGUGGCGCCCCCUUCAGGACAAUCAUCGUCACAGCCUCAGAAGCUCCGACAAAAGCCAAACUAGAGCCGUGGGAUCAGGGAGACACGAAGGAGUCCAAUCAUUCUUCAUCCCUCCGAGCUGGCACCGAGCCGGCUCCUGGGGGGGGGGGGGGGGGGCAGUGGGGGGUUGGGGGGACCGGGUGGGGGGGGGCAGACAUGUGCACUGACACCGGCUCUGCCUACACCGCAAAUGAUGAUGCAUGGCACAGCUGGCAGAUACUAAUUGUGGCUCUAUAUUUUCACCAGUCUGUCACCAGCACGACGCUAACGGAGCUGGGGACUGACACCUUUAAGUGCACCGUAGGAACCAACGAUCACGGAGGAACUAUCAGAGGAAGUCUGGAUGAUACGGUAGGAUAUGAGAGAACGUGA